CAACUAUGGAAAGAAGAAAUCGAUCCGGGCACCACAGUGUCUUCGGAAGCUUUGGAAGGUGUCCGUCUAGACACACAAAUACUGUCAAAUAGCUGCUACACUGAAAUAUCUCCAUUGACUCCCCUCUGUGAGCGCUUUCUGUCGACCCACAUUCGUUCUCCUGCUGAAGCUUCCUUCUUCUCCUGCACGCUCACUUGUAGCUGCAGCGGAUCAAACAACACCUUCACAUAGCAACCAUUACUUCAGCCAGUGUGUGUUCACUGUGACAUUAUGUGUGUCUGCAAAAAGGGAUGAAUACAUUUCAUUGAUUCCCUCGGUUACAGAAUGCUGUUUCUUUAAAGUGUCAUCGCUACAAUUAAAAUCAGAAGGCCCGUUAUGUGUUGCUUCAUUAUUGCCUGGCUGCAUUAUUGCUUGAAUCAUUUUGUUAUUUGUUAUUCAAUCUGUCUUUAAGUGCGUGGGCGUGAAACCCACAGACAAAUGGACGCCACGUCAGUAAAAUGAAACAAAGUGCGAUCACUCGCAAGUUAUUAUUAUGCGAGACAUUUCUGUCAAUGCGCUAAAUUUGAUAUCCGGCCCGACGCCUGACUUGGAUCCGUGGCGGCGUUUCAAAGAUGCACCGUGCUCGCCUCUGCGUGUCCGAGUGAGAAGAGGCAGAAAGAGAGGAGAUUGUCACGGUGUGCGUGGAAAACACAUCCUACAAGCCACUUAAGCCAACCGGUACAAGGCAGCGAGAGGAGAAUCCAGCCCUGUCAGGACGCCAGUGGAGUUUAUCAGCUCGCUGAGAGGCGGGCGGCACCUGACAGAUGCCACUUGGGAGCAUAAUCCCAGAGGGCUGAAAAGAUCCUCCACAUGACGGGAAGCCAGUGAAGCAGGAGGACAGCCGAACACCAAAUGACAAAUCGCAAUGUGAAAUGGAAUAGAGCCCAAUUCCUCCUUCUUCACUGCACCAUAGUGCUGAAACAUGCACAGAAACUGACAUUAUGCUACAAAGUAAUGUGAAAUAUAAAGCUGCAGUGAAUCAUUUAUGAUUGAUUGAUUCUCAGAACAUUUACUGUUUUCAGUGAACCGUUUACAUUGUCUGUGUUCAUUUGUAUAUAUUUAUAUUUUUGACUUGAGCUCUAGGAAACGUCGAUGGGUACUAACAAGUAUUAAUCACAGUUUACCAAGGACAUAUUCAUUGGACAGCCGGUAAAAUAUGCAGAAAACCAGUAGUAGUUUGUAUCUCUGUUCACUACUUAAUAACGUUUAGGAUGUUUGUUUCAAAAGAGCAGUCUCUCUUUUACAAACUCAAUCAAAUCAAAGGCGGUCUCACAGGAAAACGGCUUGAUCAAGUGUCCUUGAUCCCUAUUUUAAGAACAGGAGCGUGGAAGCCGUCGUGGGGCCUAUUGAUGGCAGGCGGCCUGCAGCUGCAGGUUUAUGAUGUCCACAACAUGUUCCAUUAGUUUAUUCAAACGUCAUCAUUACAAAUAUAUUUCUAACGUGUAUUAUAGGAUUACUGUAGUUUCUCUCGCGGGUUAAAUCCCUCCCUCUUUUUCUCGUGCUCUCCAGCGGCUUUGGUGAAACAAACAAAAGGGGCCCUUUUGAAUGGCACGUGUUCCGGGCGUCAGUCACCUGUUUCCUAGCAACGGACACAACAGAAAAGCACCUGUGGCUCUGAAUAGGAGGCGGUGAAGCCCUUAUAGUUUGACAAAAAAAACAGGGGGAAAUUGAAAGAUAUGGGCAUUUUGAACCAUUUAAACGAGUAUGAAAGUAUGUAAUCUCAGAAUCACAUAUCCUAUUUCUGAUGUGGUGCAUACACACAAGCUUAAGAGCCUUUAUUAUUAGUGUGUUAUUACAAAGAGGUUAUCACCACAGUUAAAGGUAGUUUUUAUUAAAUGAUCGCCACAUUUAGCUUAUUCUUAUUUAUACCAAUUGCUGUUUCUCAGAUAAUGUCAUUAUUACCGUUAUCAAGUUAUAUUAGCUGCAUCUUUCUUAACGUUUUUAUUUUAUUUUACUAUGUUGACCCGUUGGACAAAUGCAAUAUGAUCUCGCACAAAGACAAGAUGAUGGGAAUUAAACUGUUCGCAUGCUGCGUAUGUUUUUCUUUUCGUUUCUUUUUUUUUUUUUUCGGGCUCCAUGCACAAAAAAAAGAUGACAGAGGGAGUCGUUUUUAGUUCUCGCGCUCCGACGUCACCAGAACCUCGAGCCCCUGCAUGCAAAUCACGUCUCCGCCGGAGCUCCUCCAUUGGCCGCCUCUCGCUCAUUUAGCUGCUGUCAGAGCGCGCGGCCCGAGCAGCUCCGGCAACUUUUCCCAGUUCAGCGUCACCCAAAGUGAGCGAGAACGAGCGGCUUCCAUCACUGUGGGCGCACGCUGGUCUGAUCGACAAGGAGGGGGGGGGGGAGAAGAAAAGGGGAACAAGUUGACCUCCGGGUGGAUUUGACCCUGAGGCUGCGGCUUCCUCGCGUCUCUGUCUGCGCGUCUUUUCACACUCGCCUGGUCGCUCUCUUGCUCGGAGGUUCAGCGGGGCCAGACUGAAUGAGUCUGGGUGUUUGACGGAGAAGCGUUGUCCUACCAAGACCAGGUGAAUGUACAGCAUAAUGAUGGAGACGGACUUGCAUUCCCCCGUGGUGCCCCAGACCAACCCGGCGAACCCGGGGGGACACGCGGGAGGAGCGGGCGGGGGGCCCGGCGGCAAAGUCCCGCAGGACAGGAUCAAGAGACCCAUGAACGCCUUCAUGGUGUGGUCCCGGGGCCAGCGGAGGAAAAUGGCCCAGGAGAACCCCAAGAUGCACAACUCCGAGAUCAGCAAGCGGCUGGGCGCCGAGUGGAAGGUGAUGACCGAGGCGGAGAAGAGGCCGUUCAUCGACGAGGCGAAGCGGCUGCGGGCCAUGCACAUGAAGGAGCACCCGGACUACAAGUACCGGCCGCGGAGGAAGACCAAGACGCUGCUGAAGAAGGACAAGUACUCGCUGGCCGGCGGGCUCCUCGGCUCCCCGGUGGGUGUCGGGAUGGGGGGAGGGCAGAGGCUGGAGAGUCCCGGCGGGGGCCACGUCGGGGGAAACGUGGGCUACGCCACGCACGUCAACGGCUGGGCGAACGGCGCGUACUCGGGCCAGGUGGCGGCCGCGGCCGCGGCGGCUCACGCGAUGAUGCAGGAGGCGCAGCUGGCGUACACGCAACACCCGGGCUCCGGAGGACACCCGCACCAUCACCCGCACCACCACCCGCACCACCACCCGCACCACAACCCGCAGCCCGUGCACAGGUACGACAUGAGCGCGCUGUCCUACAGCCCCAUCUCGAACUCCCAGGGCUACAUGAGCGCGUCUCCGCCGGGCUACGGCGGGAUCACCGGCUACACCCACCAGCACCAGAGCUCCGGCGUCUCCCCGGUGUCCGGGACGAUCGGAGGGACUUUGGGGUCCCUGGUGAAAUCGGAGCCCAGCGCGAGCCCCCCGGUGUCCACGGCGCGCGGACCGCCCCCGUGCCCCGCGGGGGACCUGCGGGACAUGAUCAGCAUGUAUCUGCCAUCCGGAGAGGUGGCGGGGGACGCGGCGGUUCACAGCAGACUACACGUGCUCCACCCGCAGCACUACCAGAGCAGCGGCUCCACUCCGGUAAACGGGACGGUUCCUCUGACUCAUAUUUAAAUCUCUUAAAUGUACUAAAGGCACUACAGACCACAACCAAAUAUUUAAACACUUAGAUGUGGGCGCAGACUGCUGAGGAAUUGUAAAUUAUAGGCGGCUACAGCCAUAAAAAUGCAAUCACUUUGAACAAACUUUUUUUUUAUUGUCGUUUUUAUUUUCUUUCAGUGAUGGAUUUUUGUCUGUCCGAGCUAAAGGAAAGCGCACCCGAUUUACUUUUGCUCUCUGGAACAGAGCAUGCCAAGUUUUGACACGAUUUAAAUUAUAAUCCGUGAAGGCUGGCGCAUUUUGAAGGUUAUUUUUUUCCCGACUUUUCUGUGGAGAAAAAAAAGGCACCAGCUGUGUGUUUGGAGGGUCCCGAAAACGUGUUUAAAGAGGGAACCGUAUAAUAAAUGGAGGGCGGUGUGGGAGACGUGUUAUAAACAAAAAAAGUUUCAAGGCUGCAAUUUAAAUUGAUUUCCAGUUUUAAUGCUUGUAAACAUGUGAGUCAGUCGGUGUAAUUUGAAUUUGUUUUGUUGUUGUAAAAUCUUGUAAAUUGUGAAUAAAUAGGCCUACUGAAAACUCUUUUA